CCUCAAGCCCGAGCGCAGCCGCCAGGUCCCACCUGAGGUACCCUUGACCGUCCCUGCCCUCAUUCCACCCCGGAACCCGGCAAUGCUAACCGCUGUCUGUGGCUCUCUGGGCAGCCAGCACACCGACGCGCCUCACUCAUCACCGCCGCGCCUCGACCUGCAGCCUCUUCAGACAUAUCAGGGUCACACGAGCCCGGAGGCCGGGGACUACCCCUCCCCGCUGCAGCCUGGAGAGCUGCAGAGCCUCCCGCUGGGCCCGGAGGUAGACUUCUCACAGGGCUAUGAGUUGCCAGGGGCCUCCUCGCGGGUAACCUGCGAGGACCUGGAAAGUGACAGUCCCUUGGCUCCGGGACCCUUUUCCAAGCUCCUGCAGCCGGACAUGUCACACCACUACGAAUCGUGGUUCCGGCCGACGCACCCAGGCACGGAGGAUGGCUCUUGGUGGGACCUUCAUCCCGGCACCAGCUGGAUGGACCUCCCCCAUACUCAGGGAGCGCUGACCUCACCUGGCCACCCGGGGGCGCUUCAGCCUGCUUUGGGAGGAUACGUCGGAGACCACCAGCUCUGUGCUCCGCCACCCCACCCGCACCCGCACCACCUCCUCCCAGCCGCUGGUGGGCAGCACCUCUUGGGGCCACCCGACGGGGCUAAGGUCUUGGAAGCAGCAGCACCAGAGUCCCAAGGGCUGGAUUCCAGUCUGGAUGCCGCUGCCCGACCCAAAGGCUCCCGGCGAUCUGUGCCCCGCAGCUCAGGGCAGACCGUGUGUCGCUGUCCCAACUGCCUGGAGGCGGAGCGACUCGGGGCUCCGUGCGGGCCCGAUGGGGGCAAGAAGAAGCAUUUGCAUAACUGCCACAUCCCAGGCUGCGGCAAGGCAUACGCUAAGACGUCGCAUCUGAAGGCGCACCUGCGGUGGCACAGCGGCGACCGACCCUUCGUGUGCAAUUGGCUUUUCUGCGGCAAGCGCUUCACGCGCUCCGACGAGCUGCAGCGCCAUCUUCAGACCCACACCGGGACCAAGAAGUUCCCCUGUGCGGUCUGCAGCCGUGUCUUCAUGCGCAGCGACCACCUGGCCAAGCACAUGAAAACCCACGAAGGCGCCAAAGAAGAGGCUGCGGCUGCGGCCCAGGGCGAGGGCAAGGCCGGUGGCGUGGUGGAGUCACCCGGGGGCAAAGGCAAACGCGAAGCCGAAGGCAGCUCGGCGUCCUCCAACUGAGCCCCAUGGAUGUCACAUUCCUGCCUUUCUUUAUAGGGGGGCGGCCUGAGUAAGAGGGGAAGACGGUUAUUUAUUGGUGGUGAGGGGACAGGGAAAGGGGCACUAGGGGUUUUUUAGUCUCUGGGGCUGCACGGGAGGCUGCUUGAAUAUUAUUUAGGCUGCCAGGAGCUGAACACGCCCCUCGCUUCUUCCCUUUCUAUUUCACCCUCCCCUGAGUUUCUGAAGAGGUUCGGACUGUAGAGAUGGCAUGACCUAGGAGUUGAGGGAAAUGGAGAUUGGGUCGGGGCGUUGGGGUAGCUGUCUGGACAUGUUUUUAACUCCUGGGAAUCCGGACAUAAAAGCACCUCGGAACCGCCCAUCGGCCUAGGUCUCUUUCAUCCCCUCUUCUAGUGCUGCUCCCUCUAAAAUUUCCGGAGAGAAAGCAGAGAUGAGGUGGUGGUGGUGGUGGAGGAGCUUGGGGUAGUUCCCCAUAGGGACCGUCUAUCUAGCUUGGAGGGUUAUUACUUUAUGAAGAAUCCCCUUCAGUGAAUUUCUUCUAAACCCUUCCAGAUUCCGUUUGAUAAAGCCAGGAAGAGCAGCUCAGCUCUGCAGCCAGAGCUGUGAGCUAGAGGUCCGAGCUGGAUGGAGUCGAGGGAUCCGGCAGGGAAAUCCUCUUGCGAAGUGGAAGGACUAACCCCUUCUUCUGUCAAGAUUCUUUCUUUCGAAUUCAAUCCUUAACUCUUAGACCCUUAAAAAAAAAAUCGAACUCAGUAGUCCACGUUCCCCAUCCAUCUAGGUAGUUU